UGCAUUUAGAUAUGCAUGACUUGAUUUAAAAAAUGGGUAGGAGUAUUGCUUUUUCAAAAUGCCCUAGCAACGGUAACAAACGCACGCCCAAUAGGUUGUGGUCUAUGGAACUCUUAAAUCGAUUACAAGGAAAUAAGGGAAUGGAAGUAAUCCAAGGGAUAGUUUUAAAGGAAGGAAAGCCAUGUGAUGUAGAUUGGGAUCUUGAAGCCUUUUCAAGAAUGUGUGACCUUAGAUUACUUAUUAUAUCAAGUAAUUUGAACCUUUCACAUGGCCUCAAAUGCCUUCCUAGCGCCUUGAAAGUUCUUCGAUCGAAGGAAUAUCCUCUUGACACUCUUCCUCCUGGAAGCCAGCUAGAUCAACUUGUAGAUCUUAAAUUGCGUUACAGCAAAAUAAAGCAACUUUGUAAUGAAGGAUAGCUAAUUACUUUAAUGUUUGGUAGCAUUGGUGAAUUUGAAUUUGAAUUUUAAAUUUAAAA